CUUCGUCGUCCUUUAUUCACGCAAACCACACCCACCCAGAUUUUUCCAGAAUGGAAGAUGAGAAAAGCACUUUUCUUAUUUUUCUUCUUCUCCCCUUCUUCCCCCAAGCCUUUAAUCCUAACAAGAAGCAGACAACCGUUUAUUUUGUUUGAUAGAUGUUGCAGAGUCCAGGCCUUGUCUGGGAAGAUUACAUAUUCAUGGCUGACUUUGAGUAGGAGAGAUAUAUAGAUGUUCUGUGUAGUUGGUAAGCGAGCUACAGCUACCACCAUGGCUACCUAGUUUAACACUGCAUGAGAAUGUCUGCCUCCAUUAAUCUUCUCAGUGGGGAGAACGGACUGCCGGGGAGCCGCUGGUACGCGCCGAACUACGAACCGUAUCCGGCCGACGAUGACGAAUCGAUGGGCUGGAUUUUUGACCGGGAACCGGAGCAUCUGCCACAAUCGGACUACCUCGACAGAUACCGCAACCGAUCCUUGGAUGUCACCAGCCGUCAAAAUGCAAUCAGUUACAUUCUUAUGGUGAAUGGCUAUUACAAUUUUGGUCCCGUGACCAAUUACCUUUCAAUCAACUAUUUCGAUCGCUUUCUUUCUUCACAUGAUCUGCCGAAGGGAAAGGGAUGGCCCGUUCAUCUGCUCGCCGUGGCCUGUUUAUCAUUGGCAGCGAAAAUGGAAGAGCCGGAAGUCCCUAACCUGGUGGACCUUCAGAUUGGAGAGCCCAGGUACAUAUUUGAGGCCCGAACUAUCCAGAGGAUGGAGCUCUUGGUAAUGGCUAAGCUCAAAUGGAGGCUGUGGCCUGUCACUCCCUUCAGUUUCAUUAGUCACUUCGUGAAAAAACUAGAUACGUCGUCUGCUCUUUCGAGCAAUCGCCUCUAUUCGAAGGCCGUUCAGCUCAUCCUUGGAGCAAACAGAGUAAUCGAUUUCUUGGGCUACCGGCCGUCCUGUAUUGCAGCGGCUGCCGUUCUGUGCGCAGCGGCAGAUGAUAGGUCGCGCGUCUCAAAAUAUCCACCGGAAUUCUACUCUAGAAUGCAGGGAGAGUUGCGUGGUUGCGUACGUCUCAUGCAAGGGAUGGCAGUGGAGGAACCAUGGUUUCCAAGCACGGCCAUGGCCUCACCACCACGCAGCCCCAUCGGCGUGCUUGAGGCUGCAGAAUGCACCAGUUACAACGACACUCACCAGUCGUCGACCAACGGCGAGGACCAGAUCGCCAUUCCCGGCGGCGAAACGUCGUAAGCUAGAAGACGUAUGUACAGACGACGACGGCGACCAAGAAAACAAUAGGAAAGACUAAUUCAGCACAAGAUCAUCCGGAGAGAGAUGUGUGUGAUUUCCAUUUGGCUUCAGGUUUUGAUUUCAUUAUGCUUAGCUUGAUCGGGACAUGGUGUUCAAGUCCAAAUCAUUACCAUAUAUCAUAAAUUUUGCCGUUUGAUGGUGGACAAAUGUAAAGGUUGUCUUUGACUUGAUACAAGAGCUGAGAUAUUUAUUGUUUA